GUUUAUAACGGAGCUUUACGUAAACGGUCAAGAUCGUGUUCAAAGAACCGAUUUUCUCUUUUUGGAAAAACAUGUGAAAGAGAUUUGACACAGAUUCAGAUGUGCAGCAGACGAGAAUGCCUGCCGCUUACAUCAUGCAGCAGUAAACGAAGCUACAAUUCAAGUUUCACAAACGUUGCUCUCAGAAAGAAUGUUAAGUUAAGCUCUUUAUAUCUCAACUUUCAAGGAGACCUGAUGGUUGAUGGUAACCGAACUACAUUCAUGCAUACAAACUUUGAUGCAAAUCCUUACGCAAUGAUUGAUUUGGGAGACACAUAUCUGGUAUAUUCCAUCUACAUCGUCAAUCGUAAAGAUUGUUGUCCUAUAAGACUCCAUGACGUCUCUGUCCAGAUAGGAAAUGAUCUUUCAAGAUUGGACAUUGCUGCUCGUCACAAAGCUGCCAUUGGUGCUGAUUGUACGCUUCAGUUCCCUAAGCCAUACAGAGGUCGUUAUGUACAAAUUCAACUAGAAGCCACAGCGUAUCUACAAAUUGGUGAAGUUGAAGUGUACAGAGUAAUAUGAAACUGUCAUUUUAUCUGAGAAAACGAAUAUUUUGUAGAUAUCUCAAUUGAAUGGCUGAGCAUUG